CUGUUUUUCUCUUGUUACUGGUAAUAAACGACCACACUUGAAAAUAACACAAGGAUCCGAGGGAAGGAAAGCCGUUACAGACACCUGUAUCUUGGGCGUUUGUGCUUAUAGUAUUUUAAUUCGAGUGAAGAAAUUAGGGGCUUUAUGAGCAAGUCACUUCAUAAACGGCUGUUCCUCUGUGAUCUGGAGGUGGAUGGUGAGGGAAAUUUUUUUGUUCAUGACAAGAAAGUAUACCGAGUUGAUGUUUAUGGCACUGUGUCCUCCCUCCGUUUGAAAGAACGUGCUACACUGUUUGAAAUUGAUGAUACAACGGGACUAAUUGAGUGUGUCAGCUUUGCUGGUGAAGAGAAUGGGAAAAAAGAGACAAGCAGUGAUGAAAGUGCUGCGAGGAGCUUACAUGAAAUCCUGAUAAAACCAAAACCUUCUUUAAAACUAGGAGAUUUAGUGAAUGUUCACGGACGUCUUAAUUUUUUCAGAGAACAACCACAAAUAAUUGCUAAUACCCUGCGUAUUGUUGCUGAUUUCAGUGAAGAGAGGUUUCGAGCCUUCGAAAUUAAGGCUGAGCAGUCAUAUUCAAAAGCUGAGUCAUUAAAUAGUUGUAAACCUAAAAUCCAAAAAACAGGUGUCUAAUAAAUUUCAGAUUAUUGAAGCUUUUGUAAUACUUGUGACCACUCAAUUGUGAAAGUGGAAAUUGUUAACAUUUACAUAAGUAUGGAGUGUAAAAAUACAGAUAGUGUGGAAAGCAUUCGUCAAAGGGUCAGGGACAGUGAUCAAGCAUUUAGACUGAAGAAAAGAAGUAUGGCCCGUGAUGUGCGCCGCUUGCAUUUGGAUAUUGUAGUUAAAAAAUUAAAGAUUCCAUCAAAAGAGGAAGUUGCACUGCUGUCUUUUCAAUUAAAGAAGAACAAGAACUUGGAGACCCUACAGAGGAUACGUCUUGGUCUGAGCAAUAGUACGGAAAAUGUUACUGUGUUCCUGAACUGUGACGGGGCUUUAUACUCAUUACUCGGUUGUUUAACAAGUCAUGAUGCAAGCCUGCAGAGAGAGGCUGCUUGUACUCUUGUCAAUUUAGCCUUGGGAACAGAGAAGCAGUGUCUGGAAGUGUGCCAGAAAGCAGGAGUAUACCUUGUUAUGUAUAUGUCUAACACGAACCCUGACCUUCAGGAUCCAUGUGCAUGGUGUAUUGGUAAUCUGUGUGGGACACAUGUGAGUGUUUGUAAUUUGUUGAGGUCACAGGGAGUAGAAGUCUGUUUGGUAAAUCUUCUCCAGUCUCACUCACCACAUGUGUUGCAGUCUGCAGCAUAUGCCCUCGUGCACUACCUCACAACUCUUCCUGAAAGAAUCAGAGAUCUGUGUGAACCAAGUAUGGUGCGAAGACUCAUCAGUGCCCUAAGUCAAGAAUGUGCUGUAGUAGAGAUUGGAUGGUGCCUCUUUGUGCUGUCAGCUAACCAAGAGUUAUGUGGAUUCUUGGUUGACCAAGGCAUUAUAGAAGCAGCCUUUACUGUUAUGGAGCAGCUGAUCAAUGAACAGAAUAUGAAUGUCUUUGCUGUGACACCAAUUGUACGUGUUGUUAUGAACUGUGUUGGAGCUGUACCAGGAACUGCUGUACAGGUUUGUUACCGGAGUGAACAAUUUGUAAGAGUUACAAAGGCUUUACUGUAUUCGUCCUACCCUCAUUUGCGCAAUGAAACUAUCCAUCUUAUAGCCAAUGUUGUGAAUGCAGCGACUGAAGAAUCAUUAACAGGUCAGUGUAUUGUUGAUGACCUAAGUCUGAGACCAAGACUGGAGAGUGCUGUUCGUAGUGCCUUAGCUGCUAAGUUCACUACAGGACCUCCAGAAACUACCAACUUCCAUGGUGUUAUGUGAGAUUUUUUGUCAUUGAUAUUUUUAGUUCUUUUGUAUAGUAAUUAUUUCAACCCAUUAUUGAAUGACAAAGAUUCAUGAUAUUGUGGUGUUUGUUUUGAAGUUUUAGAUUGAUGAUAUUUACUGUACACGCUAUAACUUUUGCCUUAUGAUACAUUACUAUUAUUUAUUGAGUGAAUUCUAUCCAUUUCUUAGAUUUUCACUUUGCAAAUUAUUUGGAUUUUUACUUGUUUAUAAUUUUUUUUAAAAGGAGUCUAUUCAAAAGUUGAAAACAGAUAAAAGGUUGAUGGAUUCAUAUUAUGAGUUGGUACAAUAAACCCUCAUUACUAUAUAUCUGCCUUUGAUGUACUGUAAUUUGCAUCAGAAUAAUUAAUAAAUGAGCCUUUUUUUAAUUACAUGAAUAUUGCCACACCAAAAUGUCAUAGCAUCACUGUGAUGCAUCUGCAGUAGGUAAAAUUCAUUCACAAUAAAUACUUUACACAGUACAGUACAAAUUG